AUGGCCCCUGUCGGAUUCAUAGUGCAUCAUUCCGACCAUUUCUUUGUGGUCAUAUUUGACUAUAAGCGACGCAUGGUGCAUGUCUUGGGUCGCCAUAUCUCAGAGGAUGCAAUGGAUGUAGGUGGAGAGGAUCCACACGACUGGAACGAUUGGAGAGGUCCGGAAUAUUGGAGGAAAAUCGGAGCCCUUCAUGGAUGGAGCACAGGAGAUGUUGCAGACGUGUCGAUCAUACCUAUGGAUUGGGAGCAAAAUGGAGUCGACUGUGGUCCCAUCGCUUGCUCCGUGCUCGAGCAAUGCCUGAAGUUGGGAUUAGAUGAGGAGGGCAACUUGCCGGACUUUGAGAUCCAAUGUGGUCACAAACUGCGGAUUCACAUGCUGCGCGUCAUUGCUGGGCGUGUCAAGCUCUGUUGCAGCGACUACCUGAUGCUCCUGGACAGCCCACGAGAUGGAUGGCAAGACAACGAGCUACCCGACGAGGAUGUCAUCAAUUCAAUCCAGAACGGGCGACACCAGGCUGAAUGCCUCAAGCUCCAGCGGAGGCUGACUGUUGUGAGCGCCACAUGCUCAAUGUGUCAACGCCCCGUCGUCCAUCAAGAUGGAGAGCAUGCCUCGCACAGUGGCGAGAAUGGAGAUAACACCAAUGCAGACCAGCAUGGUCCAGAUGCUGGAUCGAGUGAGGACGAUGAUGCCAUGAAUAUGGUACAUGCAAUCGGCAAGGCGAACCUUGAAAAGCUGUUCAAAGCAAACAAACAACUCGCUGGAUCUCGGAAUCGCAAUUUAAUAGUCCCUCGUGCCAUUGGAACGCACCUUCAACUCGAGCCAGAGUUACCAUCUGAUGUCCAUGAUACUGAGGACUCGCAACGCUCUGUAGCUGCCUCAAAAUCUCGGAGGCGAGUGAAGAAUUGGUAUCUCGGAAGCACCAGACGAUUUCCACGUCCAACCGCACCACUUCCAUUGGCUGCAUAUGGAGGUAGGAGAUGGCUGCCGGACGACCAUGGAUUCGACGAGUAUGAGGGCGGACCUACGAUUGAGAUGAUGCUCACUCCCAGGGAUAUUGAUACGACAAUGACAUUCCAUGCUGGAGGAAUGCAGAUCUCCACUGCUUGGUUAGACUGGGUCGAUUACGGCUACCGCAUCACACCGAGUUCAUUUCACAUAUUCUAUCAAUGUGACCCCACAGCAACCAUGGACCAUAUCAUGCCUAUCGGCACAACAGACUCCCAUGAUCCUUCAAAUCAAGUUCCGGAUCGUGUGACAGGUGCAUACAGCCUGAAGCGACGAGGAUCUGAUCAUGAAGAACAGCGCACAAAGGUCACGGAUGUAGAAAUACUCUCUGCAUCUGAACUCAUCGACUCCGCCCACUAUGAUCCCCCACUGCAGGAUGAAUGUAGGUUUGGACACAAUGCCUUUGUGCGCGGCUGCAUCAGUGAUCGUUAUGGCGAUGGUCCCGCCUUGUAUGUUGAUCUGGAACGAGAUGCUAUUGCACUCUCGGAAGAUGAGAUAGAGAUCUCGGUGGACAUAGACAGCAUCAUAUGGACAACAAAGGUGUUCCGAUGCAAGGGGUCUGUGGGUGUUUACGUCGUCCCUCCAUUUCAAACGAAACCAGGCAUAUACAAGCACAAUCACACCUAUGUCGAGAUCACCAUACCGCAGUCAGAAGAAGAUGCAAAUGCACCUGGUGGGAGGACGGAAUGGCUGUCAAAACGAUUUCCCAUGUCUGCCAUCCCUCACGUCUGUAUGGGGCGCAUAUCAUCAGCUUCAUCGACACUCAAUCUAUACAUUGCAUUCCCGAGGAUGAUUCAUCAGCACCCAACAAACGGUCGGAGAAUCACUCUGAUGCCAAAGGAGGUCUUGGAUAUAUUCUGGGAUAGGGUACUGCUUCCAUCGAUUGGACAGUGCACCGAUGUCAGCUGGGCGCCCUACCUGAAACACACAUUGGAGGAGGCGCGUUACAAGGCCAGAGGUGCGGACGGGAGGAGGGGUGGAUGGGGACCUCCUAAGACCAUCCCCCUUUCAGAUGAUGACUUUUUGGAUGUGCAGAAACGCAUGGAAGCUCGCAUACGUGAUGGAGGACCUGAGCUCAGCAUGUAUGGGUCAUCUUUCUUCAUUCUGGAAGGAAAGGGAAUCAAGCUACUCACAAAGGAUGGCCAGAGAGGGCGUUUCUCAGGACCGGAAGAGGCCCUGCGUCGCAACCUGUCUGACCUUGACUGGGAAUACAUGAUGAGCCGGAGUCAUGGUGAACUGCUGGUAGAUGUGGGAGUCUCAUUCACGCCCCACUCUCCGAACGUCCCACUCGUAGGAGUGUGGCGCUUAGACGCGCUGGAAGCAUCAUUUGGAACAGGAGGCUACAAAAGAGGGGAGAUACAUCAUCACAACACGCUGUCUAGAUAUGGAGCGCUGCAGGCCGAGAUGCAACAGGAGAGAUCCCAGCAGACGCACAUCGCAUUCAGGAGCACCUACAACCUAUACUAUGAGUCGAUUCGAACGAACAGCAACCAAGUGAAUUUCGCAUCCGACAGUGACGCCUAUAAGCUGUCCCCAUCAUACAUGGCUGAAUGCACCGAAAUCGCCAAGGUCGUCGAGGGUUGCAAGGAGAAAACAUAUGGUGUCAGGGAUGAGUAUAGGGUGAGCGGACAUGCAGCCAGAAUCAUCCUGGAAAAUGUGGAAGAGAAGAUCUGGUUCGAGCUUCUGAGGAGACGGGUACGGGAGAUUCAGAGGACCCAGAUAUCCAUCGUCAAAAAGAAUCCACCAAAUCUUGGCGUUCUCACUGGAGUGCUCAACCACAUGCUUCGCUCUACCACAUCAACUCCUAUCGUCUACGACUCUCAUGUCCGCGAAUCUCUUGCCCUCCUCGAGUACAGAAACAUCCUCGAAACCGCAGGAAUGUUUUUCUUGCAGGACUUCGAUAUCAAUAGCGACACCUGCCUGGAUGAGGUGCAGCAAAUUGAUGACGUGCAUGUACUGGCCCUCAUGGGCGUAAAUGCAAAGGCUCAAAGGGACCGGGCAGUGAGAAGAAUGGACGCAUGGCAAAGCACCGAGUCGGAACUGGAGGAUUAUCCUCUUGGUCGCACACCAACAUGGACUCGACUCAAGGCAGCCAUUGCCAACUCGCCUGCAAUGAUCAUGAGACCCUGGAUGUGGUCGCCCAGAUUAUCCGACACUCAACUCUCUGUCGGACGUUUGGUGGUCAUGUUCACCAGGCACAUGUGGUUGAUGCUCACGCCCGAAAUCUUCAAGGGCAUCAGACCCCAUCCAAACUCACUUCAGGAGGCCAUGAAGUGCUGGACGAUCACUAGCAUCGAUGACACUCUUGCUGCAGUCACAUUCGAAGCAUGCAAUGCCGGACUGCAUGACAGUAUGGGCAUCACUCCUGGUCGCAUGGGCCCGAAGUCGAGGCCCUUCCUGGACAGGUGCACUCUGUUCUUUCCCGACCCUGAUGCCGCCCAUAAGGACAAUACUCAGUGGUCUGGGCUGUGGGAGGGAGAUGGAUACAUCGCAGAAUUUCACAGGACGAUGAAGGCAAUGGAUGAGGAUCAGCAAGAGUUGCUGAAACAAGGAUUAUGCGAGGUAUUUUCGGAUCUUCACUGUCUUCCUGCGAGCGGUGCAAGAGUGUGGAUGCAAAAGAACAAUGCCAUUGUGUUCAUGACUAAUCCCACAUUCUACAAGAUUGAUUGUAUUGGAAGGGGAGGCGAGAGUCAGAAGAGGGCCCCAAGAGCACGCCGCACGAUGAAGCUGAUCAAGGGUAAACGCAUAUUUGCAGCUGACCUCAUGGACUCUCAACCCUUCGACGCUGAUGGCAAUCUGCGGAGAAAGACAGAGAGACAGAAGCGGCGGGAAAUUCAGAAGAAAAUGACCAUGGCCAAGAAAAACAAGAGAGUCCCCCCUCCACCACGUUCACAGAGACCAUUUCCCAUGACCCCACUGGAAGAUAUUGCGGAAUGA